UUAGUCUUUCACAAUUAACACAGUCAGUUAUCAAGAUUGUAGUGGAAAUUCAUGUUGAUCCUGACUGGUUGGCUGACUUAGAGGUCUGUCCUGAUACUUGGGGAUGUCUGAAUAGGAUAGAUUUUCAAAGAAAUCAAUUGCUUGGUAUAUUUUUUGACAUUACCAAAAGGAUGCAGUUCUUGAUCUUGCAUCUGGGGUUCCUCCAGUGAUGCAUUUGGGACAAAGUUCACUCUUUUUUUGGAUAGGUUGUUUAUAUGUGUUGAUAAGGGGAAUGUUGAAAAUUCUAUUUGUGUUUUACUUAAGCUGGUGGUUUAGCUUUGCUGGUUGACUUUUCAUCUCAGAAGAAGGGGGAUGCAAGUUCGUAUUCAACAUUGGACUAAAGAAGAUAUGCUGGAUGUUAGUUUCUAAUGAAUUUCUGUGAUUCACUGAAAAAGAAAUGAAAAGUUAUUAGAAAGGAUAUAUCUUGGAAAACAUUAACGGAUUUAACAGGUGGCUUAGAUGAAAGUUGCACUGCUACAUUUCAAAGUUUCCUAUUCAAGAAAUUUAAGUGCAAUAAAAAGAGAAGGAUGAUUCCUUGAAGAAUUUGAAUGAAAGCACAAGUAUCUCCCAGAGCCUUAUUGUCAGAGAUGGUGCGACAAGAAGACAGAUUCCAAAAAGCGUAUGCUUAGGACUUCUGAUGUUUGUAUCUGCAGAGUGUAGCUCCCUUUCGGAUUAGACUUUCUCGUAAUUGUAGCAGCUUGAUGUUUACACCAGUUCACCCUUGUUCCACCAUCAACUAAGGAUUUGUUCCUUGCAGGAUUACAAAUAUCAUGUGCUUUGAGAUAAACAAAAUGCUCAAGCCUGAUAAGUGGCAGGCAACUUUCGAUGGAGAUGGAAAAGUUUCUGGUUUUCAGAAAGUUCUGAAAUUGAUUAUUUUGGGGGGUGUGGAUCCGUCUAUAAGGCCUGAAGUAUGGGAGUUUCUGUUGGGUUGUUAUGCUUUGAGUAGUACGGCUGAAUACCGUAGGCAGUUGAGAACUGCCAGGAGGGAGCGUUACACAGAACUUAUUAAGCAAUGUCAAGCGAUGCACUCAAGCAUAGGAACUGGUUCCCUUGCCUACGUCGUUGGAUCCAAGGUCAUGGAUAUGAGAACCAGUUCCAAAGAUGAAGGGAAAAGAGAAGCUGAAGUCCAAAGUAGACAAGCCUCUGAUGUUGAUACUAACAAGCCAGACAGUUACACUAAUGGGAAUACUAAUUGUACAGAUACAUCACAUGCAUAUAAAAGGGAAAGUUCUAGUGAUUCUGGUGACCUUUUAAGUGUAAGAGGGAGCUUAAUUGGUGCAGCAUAUGACUCUUCCUGUUUCCUGCCUGCCUCACCUAUUUCUGUUCAUUAUAAGUGCAGUUCCCCAAAUCCUGUGAAAGAAACAUUUGGAUCAAAUUUUCAAGCUGAGAAUUAUUUUGAUUUCCCUCCCUUACCUGUAACAGAUUUGUUUGAGAAACGGAAAAAGGAUAAGAAAGGAUGCAGGUCAUUUGAUGGAGGACUUUCCACCCGCCGUAGAUUGAGAUUUGGAGAUGAGCACAUGCAUAGUUUUCGAAUUAGUAACAAUGCAGAUCUAGUUGUUGAAUCAAACCAUUCUGCACCUGAUGAUAUUUUACGUUGUUCAAGCUCUGAAAGUGAUGUUUGUUGGGAUGGGCAUAAUCCUGUUUCAUGGUCUGAGAAUCUAGUAUAUGAAACUGAGAUGCUUAACAAACUUAAGAUAUCUGAUGCACCAGAAACUUCACCUAUAAAUGCAGCCACAUCUCAAGCGGGGACUGUUAGUGAAGACAGAGUGUCUGAAUGGCUUUGGACACUGCAUCGGAUAGUUGUUGAUGUAGUUCGAACAGAUAGUCAUCUUGAAUUUUAUGAGGAUACAAAAAAUUUGGCACGAAUGUCUGAUAUUCUUGCUGUUUAUGCAUGGGUUGAUCCUAGAACUGGAUAUUGCCAAGGUAUGAGCGAUUUGCUGUCUCCUUUUGUUGUCCUCUUCGAGGAUAAUGCUGAUGCUUUUUGGUGCUUCGAGAUGCUUCUAAGGAGAAUGCGUGAAAACUUCCAAAUGGAAGGCCCAACAGGUGUCAUGAAACAGUUGCAAGGACUGUGGCACAUCUUGGAGCUUACAGAUAAAGAAAUGUUUUCCCACCUAUCCCUGAUAGGUGCUGAGAGCCUGCAUUUUGCUUUCCGGAUGCUACUGGUACUUUUCCGGCGGGAGUUGUCUUUCAAUGAGGCUCUGUCAAUGUGGGAGAUGAUGUGGGCCGCUGAUUUUGAUGAAUCUUUGUCUUGCCAUCUGGAUGACAAUUGCCCAGAACUAUUAGUAAUACAGAUCCCUAGGGACUCUAGAGCAGAAAUGGAACAAGAAAGCAUUGACAAUAGUCCUAGUUGUUUAAAGGGUGGUGCAUCAUCCAAAAAGGGACACCUAGAACACUCCGUAUCUGACAACACAGGCAUAAAGUCAGCAUCAGCUCAUCCCCUUUGUGGUUUGGCAAAAACAUUUUGGUCCAGAAAUGACCGCUUGCAUGUUGGUACUGCAUUAUCAACAAUGGGAAAUGGCGAUGAUGAAUUACCUGUUUUCUGUGUGGCAGCAAUUCUUAUCAUGAACCGUCAGAAAAUUAUUCGAGAAACACAUUCCAUAGAUGAUCUAAUAAAGAUAUUUAACGACAAUUUGUUAAAGAUCAGGGUCAAGAGAUGCAUACGUACGGCUAUCAAACUACGAAAGAAGUACUUUUACAAACUGAUCAAGAGCAGGAGCCCUGCAGCUCAGAGCGUUGACUAGGGUUUUUCCUUCAUUAUCACAUAACUUGAUGACAAUACAGUAGCACUUUGAAUUGAUGCUGGUUAUACAAGAUUCCAGUCCGUGGUUUGGCAAUUGCUUUGCAAAUAAGUUUUAUCUUUAAGGAGUUUAAGCAAAUUGCUCGUGAUGUUUGGAGAUUAUUUGUCUGCUCAAACCCUAAAACUAUUCCACCACAGUACAAAGGACACUAAAGUGGAAAUCUUCCUUCGCUUUGUUUGGGGCUGUCCACGAGUACUUCUUGCAGGUUAGGAGUAACCAAAGUCUUUUUUCUUUUACACAUGUUUAUAGACUUUGGAUUGACAUCUCAGGAUACAGCUUACCGACCGAACUUAUAGACUUUAUAUGCGAUUAUUUAUUAGAACAUAUCAUCUUAGAAAUUCUUGAUAGCGAUAUUUUUUGGAUAUCAUUGUACUUUUAAUUUUUUUAUUGCUUGGAUGUUCUUCUUCAUCUUGUUUAAUGCACUUGUACAAAAAUGACAAAUAGUACCUAUGAACUUAUAAUGGAUCUGCCUACAUGAUGCUGGGAUUAUUUCCAUUUGUGAAA